CAUAUUUAGCGGUUGAUUAAUAAUCGCGCGGUGCGCGAGGGCAAUUAUUUUUACCCUCUCGGGCCUCCGCUCUUACGCAGGAAGACGCCGAGCGCGAACGCGGCCUCGUCGAAAACCUAAGCAGCGUUCCCGAGCUAAAUGUUUGCCAACACAUAUAAAGUAUGGCUGAGAACAGACCGGCGGAAGAGGCCGCGAACGGACGUUGCGACGCGAGGAUGCCAGAUGCGUUGACGUCGAGCGAGAACGGGCAGGUUCAAGAGUCGCCGAACGGUGCCAGGUACACGCUGGCCGGCAUCAAUCCCGGGACGGCGUUUAACUUCAGCGUCAGGACGGCGGAGCGCUCCAGGAUAUUCGCGGGCAACAUCUCCUCCACCAUUCAAGGGAUUCGCCCUCUCAUACAGCAGGCGGCGCCGAACAUAUCGUUGACGUCGCUCCUGGCCAUUCAUGGGCUUCACCGGAACCAGGUCCAUCCGGUUGCGUUACCAAGCGACAGCUACGUCAUCAAUCUGGAAGAGCCCGCGGCGAACGACGCGAGUUCCCACGAUGAGCCCGCGCACAGCAACCACCACCACCAUCACCACCAUCAUGUGGCGUCGACGAACUUCUCGAGUAACGCGCACGAGACCGCGAGCGAGGUUGUCGAGAACCACGACAACAACGCCGCGGAUAACGCCGCCAGCGGCAACGUCCAGAUAGGCCCGGAGGCCCGGGCGAUGCUGAAGGAGCUUCAACAGUACGUUCCCUUCGUCACCAUCCUUCUCGCCAAGGGCCUCUACGAUCACAGAGCCGGGAUACUCACGUUCGUCGUGAUGCUCGUCACGUUCAUCCACGCUAAUAACGACCUGAAGCGCGAGAUCGCCAAACAGCACAAUCGGAGCUGGUCGUUGCUCAUGCUGAUCCUGUGCUACAUCACCGCCUGCAUCGUCUUCGUCGUUUACACGUUUAAUCUGUACACCCUCGCACCUUACGCCGAGCCGCUCACGAUCUGGGACUUGCUCUGCUACGUCACGGUGAUGGACUUCUUCCUUAAACUCAUCACCAUCAUCUGCAAGGUCCUCUUGACCUGUCUGCCGGUACGAUUGCUGGCAUUUCAGAAUCGGGGAAAAUACUACCUCAUGGUAGAAGCGAUGUCGCAGCUUUAUCGAUGCGUCGCGCCUGUCCAGCCGUGGUUGUACUACCUGCUCGAGAGGUAUCAGGGUCCGGAGAAAAUUGUGGGCAUCUUCUUCUCGAUAAUGUAUACGAUGAGCAAGGGUAGCGAUCUACUGUCGCGUCUCAAACUGUUUCGCACCGCCGCGUGGAAACUGUUCCAAAACGUGAGCCUCGGAGUAUCCCCGUCGAAGGAACAGCUGAUCGCAGCCGGCGGUAUAUGUGCCAUUUGCCACGAAGAGUACACCACGCCGGUUAGGCUUCAUUGUAAACAUAUUUUCUGUGAAACAUGCGUCUCGACGUGGCUCGACAGAGAGCGAUCGUGCCCCCUGUGUCGCGCGUCCAUCACGGACGACCCGAUUUAUCGGGACGGCCAUACCACACACUUCAUUCAAUUGUAUUGAUUCCGUCAAUUAUCUCUUUAGAGAUAAUAAUUUUUGUACAGUUUUGUAUUACUAGGAAAUGUAAGAGAUUCUGUUUACCGACCCAAA